AUGUCGCGCUGUCUCUUGCUGGUCGAGGGCGUCCGGUCGUGGACAGGGAGGGGGACGAGGCGCGCGCUGGUUGCGUGGGAGAUGCGCCCGAGCCAGGCCGCUGACGCGGCGUAA